CACACGGGUCUGGGUAGCCGUGAAAAUUAAAAAUGGCAGUCUUCACCGUAUGACGUAAAUAUUGUCUAGCCAAGUAUUUUGGUUGCUCAAGCAGGAUCUGGCCCCUUCACCUUGUUGUCCGUGCCUCUUGAUAGCACUUUUCUAGAAAUAGUUUGAAAUACGUGAACCAGUUAGUUCGUCAUACGUGUGAAAGUUGUUAGGGAGGGUGUCGAAUAAAGGGGGACAAUCGUCAAAGAACUCUUCCAAAUCCCUAAAAUUUCGUUUCUAUUGUGGUAAUGGAUUGGAUUAGUGUGUUGACAUUGUCAUUUUCUUCCUAUCUCAAGCGUCAAAUUUAAUGACUGAAACAUAUACCUAGACACCUGCCACUGCCAACUAAUUUUCGCAAAGAAAUAUGCAAGAUUCCAAAUUGUAUGUGCAACCAUCGUAACAAACAUUCAAUGUGUUUGUCACUCUGUCCAAAAUGGCCAAAUGGAUCAUGUUGUAACCAGGGUGUCAAAGGAGAAAUGUUUUUGCUAUACCCCUGCAAAAUCCAAAAUCUGUUUUCAAACCAUCAUCUAUAGUCUGCAGGAUUGAUUUCUGAUGUGGUCUCUCAAUAGUUGACAUUAAAUAUAUUCCCUAGAAGGGAUCUUGAGAGUAAGAUUUCCUUAAUAUUUGCUAAUGGUGCAGUCUAAUUAAAUUAGGCAGUGUUAUUUAUGUAAGAUCAGGUCACCUUCCUCAAGUGAGGGCUUCCUGUUUCUUUUCCAUUACUGUAAGCAAUGAGUAACACGUCCAAGUGGAUAUGCGAGUAUUGUACCUACGAAAAUUGGCCAUCUACCCUAAAAUGCACUAUGUGUCGUGGUGCAAAGCCACUUCUUGGAGAAGAUAUUUACCGUUUGCAAGAUGAAGAGGACACUCUAUCCAACAGUGGAAGCAUAAGUUUAGCAUCGGGACCACUCCGAGACUCAAGUUCUCACACUAAUAAUGGAAAAUGGUCCUGUGAUGCCUGCACAUACUUAAACUGGGAAAGGGCAGGAAGGUGCAUUCAGUGCUAUGGUCCAAAACCCGCAAGGGCUGGCGCUCAGAAUGAUGCACCAGUCGCAGGCCGUGCAGAGUCACCUCCUCAAAUAAAGGAACAAUGUGAAGCUGCAUCUGUCCGCAUUUGUUCAAGCUCUCCACCACCAAGUGAUAGAGAUAUUUCUCUCCUGCAAGGAUACAAGUGGCCGUGUUCUAUUUGUACCUAUGAGAAUUGGCCUAAAGCUCAGCGAUGUGUGAUGUGUAAUAAUCCAGCACCAAACAAUGCUUCAAACCCCUGUCGUUCUUCUCCUCGUCUAUCUCCAAGAAACUCCCCAAGGGCAUCACCCAGUGUCAUUGAUAAUGGACGAAAUUCCCCUCAAGAUGAUCUCACCAACGCUUUAAGAAGUUUAUCUGUGUCAAGAAGAGUUGAAGGAAGCAAUGAAAGUGUUAUUCAAGCUCAACUGAACAAUUGUGAAUAUGAACGGCGACUUCGUCAGUUGAGACGUCAGGCCAGCUGGGGCUGGCUGGCUGCAUGUAUGGGUGUAGUUGAUGGUGACCCAAGUCCAGUUGAAGCAUACCUUACAGCUGGCGGUGAUCCUGCUAGGCAGCUCACAGCUUCAGAAGUUGCUUUGCUGAAUCGCCCCUCAGCUUUUGAUGUAGGGUACACUCUUGUCCAUCUUGCCAUAAGAUUCCAUCGUGAUGACUUGUUGGCUCAACUUUUAUCCCAAAUUGAGGGAGGAGGCUCAGGAAUGAAACGUGUUCCAUCUUACGUUGCUCCUGACCUAGCCGCUGAUAUUCGUAGGCAUGUUGCUACUACUUUAAGGCAGAGGAAAGGAAGCUUCCCUUGCAAUUAUGUUACUGAAAUAACUACAUUUACCUUACCAGACACAGAUGAGUUACCCACUCCAGUACAGGAUCAGCUCUUACAAGAAUUGCUAGACAAUGAAGCACAAGCUACCCUUGAAGCUGAACCUGGAGUCAUCAACUGGAGCCUUGAGUUAACAGUCCAUUUGGGCUCAAGGCUGUAUGCCCUGUGGAAUCGCUCUGCUGGAGACUGCCUUUUAGAUUCACUGAUGCAAGCUACAUGGGGCGUUUUUGAUAGAGACAAUAUUCUGCGAAGAGCACUUGCUGAAAGUUUACAUCAGUGUGGCCAUGUGUUCUAUCCUCGUUGGAAAGAGUAUGAAACUGGGCAGGCACGACUUCUUCACUUCAGCUUAGAGGAAGGGCAGUGGCAAGAUGAUUGGGCUAGUUUACUGUCAUUAGCCUCACAGCCUGGUUCUUCCCUAGAACAGCUGCAUAUUUUCACCCUGGCACAUAUUUUGAGAAGGCCUAUUAUUGUUUAUGGAGUCAAAUAUGUGAAGAGUUUCCGAGGAGAGGACAUUGGUUAUGCUAGAUUUGAAGGGGUAUAUCUACCACUCUUAUGGGAGCCAGGAUUUUGCUCACGAUCUCCAGUUGCUUUAGGUUACACGAGGGGGCACUUUUGUGCUUUGGUGUCAAUGGAACCUGACACUGGCAGUGUUGGUCAAGCCAUUGCCUCAGACUGUGGGGAUAUUAGCUUUCUUCCUUUAAUGGACCGUGAAAGAAAAGUACUUCCUGUACACUUCCUCACUCAAAAUGAGAUGGGCGAUGAGGAAGCACUUCUGCGUCAAUGGUUAGAUGUGAGCUGUACAGAAAGUGGUCUCUUAGUGGCGCAUCAAACACUUGGUAAACGUCCCAUAUUAGUUGGUCAAAUGGUGGAAGAAUGGCUAAAUCACUACAGACGACUUGCGCAAAUGACUAGUGCACCUUUUGCACGACCUGUGCCAGUUCAAGACUAUUCAAGUGAGGGAGACUCCGAUGAAGAAUAGAAUAUUCAGCAUCACAUUGUGAUGUAUCAGCAGCACAUAACACCAUCUGAAUUCGAGCUUUUUUUAAAAUAUACAUAUAUAAAGAGAUAAUGGUCAAAAUAGCUUAUAAGAGUUCAUUUUUAAUACUUCUAUUUUAUGCGUUUAAACCUAAACCAAAAAUAAAUUUUCAAAUCGGAAGAGACAUUUAAAGCAAAACUCAAGUCAAACUGAAGUGUUUUAAUCUGGCAUCCAGGACAACAAAUUCAAUUGGUACUUCAAAUACAUUAUAAACCUUCAGUUUUGAAAUAUCCUCUUGUGCAACUCAAACUUGGUAGAGCAUGUGGAUCUUAGUUGAGAAAUUUUGACCUUCUGUGGGUUAUAUCAUAUUCAUGUUCCAUACUUCAUGGUUUAAGUACCUGUUUCUGAAACAGCCAAGCCAGAACACUGCCUUAAGGGUAUGCAUUACUGAAAUGAGUUUUGUGAAACUCUAAAUUUUAGUGUGAUAUUUAUUGAGAUAUCUAUUGGAAUUUUGCCAAUAUUUUUUCUCUUCUUGAGCAAUAUCUAUUCUGAAGUUAUUCAAAAAUUAUUUGUCUCCAUUUUGAAUGUGAAACCAUCAGAAAGUAAAAUAUGGCCUAUGUAUGUUGACAGUGCUACCUUUGGAAAACAUUUUUCUUAUAUCACAGUAUCUUAUUGUGGUGCGAAAUUUCGUGUGUACAUUUAAUGUGAUUGUGUUGUUGCUGUGUUGUGAUGUGUGUGUAUAUGUGAUGGAUUGUAAACUCCUCAUGUGUUGAGUUUAGAAAAUAAGCUUUGGUCGUUGUAUGCUUUCUAAGGACAUAUUCAUAUUCUAGUUAAUUCUUGUUAGAAAAUGUACCUGGUUAUUAUUGUUACUGAUUACUCGGUUCUUGUUUGAGUACUAAUGCAUAUUAUUUUAGGAUGCUCAGAGAGUAUUGAAUGAGUAACUUUGUGAUUGAUCGAAUCUACAUGGGAAUUUUUCUCCUCUGCCUUUUAAAUCAAAGGUUGCUUUCCCAUACAGUGUUUGUUUUUCGAUUGCUUGUUUUGAAAUUUGAUUUUGUUGCUUGUUGCACUGUUUAAUAAGGUAUGUUCUUUUUUUGUCUAGUCAGAGGAUUUUUUUUCUUUUCUUUUUUGCUAUCCCUCCUAGUUCUUCCCUUGGUUUUCAUCAUUGUUACUGUAGCACUGAAUUCCCAGUUGAUCGGAUUUGUAUCCUACAUCCUCUUAGUUUUCUCCUUUUUACGUUUGUUUUUCCCUCCUCUCACUUACUUCAGUUGCAAGUUCAGUUAUUUAUGAUUCUAUACAUAUUCUAUAUUUUCAGCCGUUAAACGUGCUGAUGUAUGGGCUGGAAACAAUUGUUAUUUUCUUUUGGGUUUUGGUGUUUUGCCUGAGGCUCGUAUGUUCCCUAAACGGUAAUAUCACCUUUUCAUCUUUGGUUUAUAUUUAUAUCUUAUUUAAUUGUAUUGAUUAAAAUUUUCCUAACCCAGUUAAUCAUUUACCAUUAUUGUGUGUGCAGAGGUCUUUCUGCAUAAGAAAAUAAGAUUUUCCUUUGCAAUAUCUGUGUUAGUUUUCAGUUUGUUCUGGUGCCUUGAAGAAGGUUACAUAGUCAGACACCUAAUUUUGGAAGUUUUCUUGAAAAUAAUCUAGUCUAAUCCUUAAAUCAUAUAAUUUUUACCCUUCUAACAACUUGUAUUUGUCACUGUGUGCACCCUGCCUUUCGAUUUUGAACUGUAAUGUACUAUUAGUUCAGUAGGAAGUAACUCAAUUUUGGUGAAGUUCCCAUUAGGUUACUGCAUUUUUCUUUUACCCUUGUGUUAUUUCCUUCUUUUAUUGUAGCAACUAUGCUUAGUUUUGAAGGGGACUUAGCUAGUUUGGGUGAGUGGUGCUGUUACAUUUCAUGAAACUAGAAUGCUGUUUGAGGUACAGUUUAUUUUUUAAUCACUUAAUGUACUGACUUUGUAAGUGUUCUUAAAGGGACACUAUAAUAAAUGAAAGAUCAAUUGUUCUUCUCAGGUGAUUCAUAUACAGUAUAAGUGAGAAGUAGCACAGAUCUUAACAUAAUAUCAUUUUCCAACCUGAGUCUUGACAGUUUGAUAAUGAGAGAUACGAACAUUAACCAAAUCUGAUGAGUGCAGUCCUCAGUACACUCAUUACAUUUAUUUUAAAUUAAGAUUAAUCAGCAGGGCUGCCAAUUAUUUCCUAGAUCUGCUGCUUGGGUAGGCUUUGGUACAUGGUGCAAUCAAAUGAUAUUAGGGAUGAUCGUUUUUCCUGUUAUAGUGUACUGCUGUUUAUCAUUAUUGCUUCAGGUAUAUUUUCUUACCUGAAAAUGUCAAGUUUAUGAAAAUCUGUAAUGGUUUAUUUCCACCAAAAAUUUCAAAAAGAAAUGGACUGAUAAUGUGUCCUUACAAUUUAUCUAAUAAGGACAACUUAAAAAAGGCACAUUUAUUGUCUAGUUUUGUCUAUUUGACCCAAAGUAAGCAGGGAGAAGUGGAGGGUCUCAUAAUUUUUUUAAUUACAUCUAUCCCAAGGGUUGUUUUCUGUAGCAGCUGUAUGCAUGGCUUGGCUUUCUUUACUGGUGAUAUUGGUAGCACUUGACUUUCCAAAGCUGCUCAAAUUUGUGGAUGUCCAACUUACUUCAGACAAGUCUCCAGACUAGUAAGCACUAGUCUCAUGCUCCAGGACCAAAGGAGAAGACUGCAUGACAUGACAAAGAGCAAAUCAACUAUAUAUCAAGACAAUUUUCGUUUUUGUCCUGUUUCCCAUUAUGGUUUAGUCAUGGCCGCACCGCUUCUCUGAGUACCGCUGUACCGUCUUAUGAGAUGUGUGUGAAUUUUGAGGAUUUUACGUAGCUUAUUGAACUUCUAACAUCUGUUUAUACUACUUCAUGUAUAUCAAGAUGCUAUAAUUAUAGGGUACUAGGAUUUUAUGCUAACACAGGCACUUGGAAACCAAACUGACUUACUGGAAGAAAUUGCCUUGUGUUGCGCUGUGUGAUAAAGUUUGCGUUGUUCUGGUUUUAAAAAAGGAGAAUGACGCUCCAUUUGUUGUGAAAAUGUGUAAAUAUAUUUAAGAAAAAUUUAUCAUAAAGUCAAUAUCUUGCAAUUGUUCCAGAAAAUAAAAUAUUUAUAGGAAAAGCAAUGUUAUGGCUAGGAUAUAGACUUGUUUUACUAAAGAAAGAAUAUAUAUUGACUUGUUCACACCUUCCAA